AUGGGGUUUGAGCUUUUCAGUUGCGAGAAAACAAAAGAAGCAAUGGCAAUGGAGGAGGAGGAGGAGGAGAAGAGCGGCUCUUCAUGGCGUCUGCAGAGUGGCCCCUACCUGGGAGAACUUCCCUACUUAGAUGCCGGGUCGGGUUCGCAAAUCCUUCUCUACGACUUGCAACUCGGAGCCGUGAUCGAAUCCCUCGACGUCUUCCAAGGCAUUCGCGUCCACGGCAUUUGCAUGGAUUUAUCAUCAGAAUCAAUCAAUCUUUCUUCUAAUCUUAAGGACCGGAUUGCUGUUGGAGAUGGUAAAGGAAACAUGGCAGUUGUUGGGGUAAUCUAUGGCGCUUCUACCCCUAAAGUGGAUUUUGCCUUUACUUGGUCAGCUGGAAGAGAAAGACAACUCCUUGGAGCAAAUUGGUGCCAGUCACUAGGUUAUGGGUACAUCUUCACUGCUGAUCAUAGAGGAACAAUGAAGCUGUGGAGGCUGUCUGGCCACUCUCCAACAAGGUGUGAUGUGUCACUUUUAGCUGAAUUCACAUCAAGUUUUGGAAGUAGAAUAAUGUGCUUAGAUGCAUCAUUGGAGGAAGAGGUAUUAGUAUGUGGAGAUAUACGUGGAAAUCUUGUUUUGUUCCCUUUGUUGAAGAGUGGGUUGCUGGGCACAUUGGUAGCUGAUGUUAAAAUAAAUCCAUCGAGUUGUUUCAAGGGAGCUCAUGGGCUAUCAAGCAUCUCCAGUGUUUCUACUGGAGCAGAUGGGUGCAUAUGCUAUCUGGAAUAUUACAGAGAUAGGAAAGAUUUUGAAUUUAUAGGGAUGAAACAAGUGAAGGAAUUGAGUCUUAUUGAAUCUGUCUCUGCAGGCAAUAGCUCUGUCAAGGAACUGUCAAACUAUCAUUAUGCUGCCGGUUUUGCAUCAGUGGAUUUUAUAAUUUGGACUGAGACCAAAGUCUUGCAAGUUCCAUGUGGUGGAUGGCGGCGUCCUCAUUCCUAUUAUCUUGGUGAUGUACCAGAGAUGAACAAUUGCUUUGCAUAUGUUAAGGAUGAUAUCAUAUAUAUUCAUCGACACUGGGUACUGGAUGGUGAAAGGAAGGCACUCUCUAAGAAUUUGCAUAUGCAAUUCCAUGGGAGAGAGAUGCAUUCUAUAUGCUUUGUCUCGGAGGAAUUGCAACCGGAUGUAACUGGGAAGGACCGUCUGUUCUAUAGAUCUAGUUGGAUAGCAACUGGCUGUGAAGAUGGAACUGUGAGGUUGACCAGGUAUGUGCCAGAUAAUGGGAACUGGUUUGGGUCGAAAUUGUUUGGGGAGCAUGUUGGUGGAUCAGCUGUGAGAUCAAUAUGCUCAGUGUCAAAGAUAAACAUACUUGCAGAUAUGACUGACUAUCCCAAUAUGAGAACUGGUGACAAUAGACCAACAGAGAAUAGAGAAACUCCAACUUUAUUGAUUUCUGUUGGUGCAAAGCGGGUUUUGACUUCUUGGCUACUAAGGAAUAGAAAAGUUAACAAGAAGGAAGACAUAGGACGUGAUCCGCAGCAUGACAACUCUGGAAAUGGAGAUAUAUGUUUGUCCUCAGAGUCACCUUCAAUGUCAUUCCAGUGGCUUUCUACAGAUAUGCCAGGAAAAUAUUCUACUAAUCAAAAAGUUCCGAAAAACAUUGAGAAAAGAGCUGAUCAAGCUGGGAAUGUUUCUGAUGGGAAAGAUGUUGCAGCAUCAGAAGAAGGAAACAAACAGUUGAACCCCACUAAAGAUAAAUAUGAAGACGACCGGGGAUACAUGGCUGUUACUGCUUUUCUAGUAAAGUAUGCCAAUUCCAGGAUAACCGUCUGUUUUAUAGCUGCUUGUUCUGAUGCUACCCUUGCAUUAUGGGCCCUAGUUUUGCCCUACAGGCUAUGGUAUGAUGUUGCUUUUUUGUGUCCUCUAUCAUCACCAGUUUUGCCCCUGCAGCAUGUCAUCCUUCCUACCUCUCUACCUUCUGAAGGCAAUUCACAGAUUGGAAGUUUGUAUAUUCUCAUCAGUGGGGCUACUGAUGGAAGUAUUACCUUUUGGGACCUCACUAGAGGCAUUGAAGCUUUUAUGCAGCUGGUAUCAGUACUUGGUGUAGAAAAGCUCAUUGACUGUCAGAAACGGCCGAGAACUGGGAGGGGAAGUCAGGGUGGACGAUGGUGGAGAUCAUUAAACAGUAGCAUGUCAAAGAUUAGGCUAGGUGCCCGUUCCUCCAUUGUUAAAGCUGGAGUGGAAGAUGAUGAGAAUUUGCCAAAGGAUUUUGGAAAUAGAAAUUCAUCAAUGCUAAAUGAUAAUGGGAGCAGUGGAACAACUUCUUCACAUGCUACUCAUACGGCUUCCCAAAAUUCAGAAGCAAGUGCUUAUGAUUCCUCAUCGGAGAUAUGUGAAAUAUUAUCUUUAUUUGUUUUCAAGGCCAUACAUCAAUCUGGUGUCAAUUCUCUCCAUGUUUCAAAUGUAGAGGGUUGUCAAAGUCCUGAAAUCAGUUUUCUCUAUAAUCUGAUUAGUGGGGGUGAUGAUCAAGUCCUUGGUUGUCUUACAUUUGAAUUGUCAGGGUCAACAACAAACUCUGAAUUUGAUUCUCUGGAAAUGAAAAAUUCCAUCACUGAAAUUGGAAAUGCAAAGAAGUUGAUUUAUUCAAACCAAGGCAACAAGAACUAUUGGAUCCGAUUCUUAAAUCAUGAUAAAGUACCUUCAGCUCACAGCUCUGCCAUAAAAGCUGUUUGGACAGACGGAUCUUGGGUUUUUUCAACUGGUCUGGAUCAGCGUGUCAGGUGCUGGCGUCUGCAGGAGGAUGGUAAAUUAAUCGAGUAUGCUUAUAUGGUCAUCAGUGUGCCAGAGCCAGAAGCACUGGACGCUAAACUGUGUGGCAGGAACAAAUAUCAGAUUGCAGUAGUUGGGAGGGGUAUGCAAAUGCUGGAGUUCUCUGAAACUUCUGGCAUCAGUUGAUAUUACCCAAUAAAUAGAGGUUGGGUGUGUUGAUAAUGGGUUAAACCAGAGUAUGAUAGCACCUCAAGGUAAUUUGCAGAGGGUAAGCAUCUGUACAAGAUCUUCAGCAUCUUGCGUGUACUAGACAACUGACACAACUAUGCAGUCCGAAGCAUGGGGUAGAUGACGACUCUGGCCAGAUCGCAUCGCCUCCAUAACUUAAAAAAUUUACCGUGCGGUACAAAGACAAAAGUCAAAUCAAUUGCAAAGUCUGUGGGCUUGAGUUUUGGCACAAGUUGCUGAACUUUGCUAUCAAAUGAUGGAUUAUGCAGUUAUAUAUGCAUAACUACAAAGGUCUUGAACAUUUGGAGCAUUUGUGAAGUGUUCAAACAGGCAUAUUCAAUUAAAUUUGGCUAUGAUUGAUCAAAAGAGAUGGGUUCAAAUGGAGUGAAGGCUUUCUGUUGUGUCAUGGAGUAGCUGCCAUGGGUCAUGAUGCCUCUUCAAAUAGUGAUGCUCAAGAUGGCCAUGUAAAUAAUUAACUGCAUGAACAUGAUUCCAUUAAAGUGAUUCUUAAUGAGAAUCCUCUCCGAUAAUUUGAGUUUACACCAUCAAAUAAAAGAGGACUAGUAAAUGCAAAUAAUGAAAAUAUACAGUAAAUGCAAAACCCAAAACCUUCUUUCUCAUUAAUAGUCGACCUCUCCUCUCUUCCCUUCAUCCCUCGAACCCCAAAUCCCAGAACCUCAACAACCACCGCCACCAGAAACAUGGCCAAGCGUUUGAUCCCAACCCUCAACCGAGUCCUCAUCGAGAAAAUCGUCCCGCCCUCCAAAACCACCGCCGGCAUUCUCUUGCCGGAAUCUUCGACCAAGCUCAACUCAGGGAAGCUUGGUGCCAAAGAGUACCGACCCCAAAGCCAAUUCCAAAGAUGAGAAAUGAGCACGUAUAUGAGUUGGUUAUUUCCAAGAUCGAAUUCGAGUUUUCAGUUGGAUAGUGGCAAUGCCUUACAAUCACAAGUAGUACGCUUAAGGGAAGAUAAGUUCGUGGUGGAUGUUGGACCUGGGACCCCCAGAAUUUGUAUGCAAGAUGAGCUUACAGGAGUGCCGAUCAACGGAGCCGUUACGUUUGAGAAUAUGGUAGGAUGCCAGUGAUAAGACUUAGUCUAAGUUUGUUAUUCUGUUAUAAUAAGUGUGCUAGUCUUAGGGACUGUUAGUGUUUGAUUAAUUCCUAGUUUGUUACCACGUUUCCGUGGGUGUAGGUUGUUUCUGUUUCUUCUUGUGAUAGGCUAUAAGUAGCCACAGCUAUUCAUUCAAUAAUAUAAGUCAUUCCCAGACUGUUGUUUUUCUUGUUUACUCGAUUUCUAACACUCAGCCGGAUGUGGUGGCCGGUUAAUCACUGAUCAAAGGCCAGAAUUUGGAGAGGUUCUUCAUCGAUGUAGUGGCCGGUGACUCAAAGUCCAAAGAGCGAGCUGCCGCCAGGUUUAAUUCUACUGUGGGGUUCACAGAUGUAGUGGCUGGUGAACCACAUCUCCUUCUUCCACGAAGAUUCAGACAAAGGCUGGCUUGGAUGGAACUGAAGAAGAUUUGGCGAAGGAAUAGAAAGGUAAGGGGCUUUCCUCUUAAGAAAGUUAAAGGAGGAUUUUUAGUAGGCAUCCGGGGUUUCAUUACUUUUCUUCUAUUCCUCCGAAACAAAAGGAUUUCGAAUGGUCGAUUCACCAUUGAGAGCAUUAACCUCAAAAGGAUGAGAAUUGUGCUGUUCUAACAAGAACUUAUUUCUACUAGCUUCACAGCUAUGAGAUCUUCGACUUAGCUCCCAAAGGUAAUCCACCCGGCCCUUAUUUUGGGCACUCUUCAUGACUGAGUUAUUUGGUAUUAAGUUUUUGGCAAUCAUGCUGUUAAGCGAUGUAAUUGGUAAUUAGUGAACUCGAAUUUCUCAUGGAUUUUAGUUUGCGCUGGAAUGAGAUAAUUUCCAGCUUCUAAUGGAUUUGGAUUCAGAAUAUGAA